AAUUGCAAUUCACAAACCACAUUCAACGACGGUGGUGCAUUUGCAGUUGAUGAAGGAUGCAGAUUUUCGUGAAAACCCUAACUGGGAAAACCAUCACUCUCGAGGUCGAGAGCAGUGACACCAUCGACAAUGUCAAGGCCAAGAUUCAAGACAAGGAAGGCAUUCCACCGGAUCAGCAGCGUCUCAUUUUCGCUGGGAAGCAGCUUGAAGAUGGAAGAACCUUGGCUGAUUACAACAUUCAAAAGGAAUCCACGCUUCAUCUUGUGCUGAGACUUCGUGGGGGUAUCAUUGAGCCUUCAUUGAUGGCUUUGGCUCGCAAAUACAAUCAGGACAAGAUGAUCUGCCGCAAAUGCUAUGCUCGUCUGCAUCCAAGGGCUGUAAACUGCCGCAAAAAGAAGUGUGGUCACAGUAAUCAGUUGAGGCCAAAGAAGAAGAUCAAGUAAACUAAGGCUGAUUUUGUUCGUCUCUUGGGGCGACUCAGGAGUAGUAGUUGAUUUCUCUUGUUACAGUUGGUUAUAUUCAUACAUUGGUGUUAACCGGGUUUCAAAUGGUUUUGGAUUUAUUUGUCUAGCAUUUGACUAUGUAUGCUAUGAUCUGUUUAAACUUUAAAUACUUCCAUGACAUGAUCUGUUUCACUUUUCA